UACCUUUCUUGCCCGGUGGAGUUCGGGUGUUCCCAGGAAUUGUGUGAGAGGGACUUUACUCGUGCUCCGCCAUCUAACAGAAUCCCAGUCGGAAGGAAGAGUCACUAUCUCACCACUUGUCACACUGAAGAAGCUUUUGCUGAAAUUAAAGGAGAAGCUGAAGGCUGCCUACCUGUGACCAGGCCAGAGGUGUCCCCGAUGGGCCUGGGGCAGGAGGAGGAGGAGGCCUGGGCGGAGACGCCUCGACACGUGAAACCCAAGUCCUUCAGGCCGUGGAAUGACGGCGAAGGGGAGGACGAUGUCCCGGAGCCGGUCGGAAGUGAGCAGUGGCUCUUGGAAGACGAGGGAGGAAAGGUGUCUCUUCCGGAAGCUGCAGAUGGGCCCUGUGCCGGGACGGGUAAACCUGCUCUCGCUGCUGCAGACGGGGCCCAGGAGGAAAGAUCGGGGAGGGCCGAGGGCGGCAGAGCCAAAGCUGCAUCUGAGGAGACGGAGUCCACAGCUGAUGGGGCCACCCCUGUCCGCGCUGCCCGAGCCCAGGUGGAGGUGGCCCAGAUUCCAGACACCACGGAACGAUUUUGGAAUGGGGUCAGACGCUCGGAAAGGACGCUGAGCCUGGCCAAGAGUUGCCGAUCCGAGGUCCCACGGGACCUGACCUCCAGCCAGAAGCCUCCCAUGCCUGUUUCCUGUCUCUGGUCCGUGCGGAGGCCUCUGCUGGAUGCAGUGGCAUCCAUCCCUGACAAGCCAGUUCCCGGUCCAUGCAUGUCCGCUUCCUCCCCAUCGCUGCGCGGAAACUCAGCUGUACGAGGACACAAAGGUUUGCCCCCCAGCGGGAGCCCGAGCUCCUGGGAGCGCCUGCCCUCUGUGGCUGGCCCCGCUCUGCGGACCCCUACCUCCCGGACUUCUGCCCGGGACCUUGCCGGGGUGGCGAUGACCACACCACCAGCCCCCGCGAGGUACUCCUCGAUCCAGGCAGAUUACUGGGCCUGUGUCCUGCCUGACUCCCUGCCUCCGUCCCCGGACCGCAGCUCCCCGCUCUGGAACCCGAACCAGGAAUACGAGGAGCUGCUGGACUUCACCUAUCCGCUGAAGCCCGGACCCCGGGGGCCAAAGCCCCUCGAGGGGUCUGUGCCACCUGACCAUAUCCUUCAUGACUCGGGUGUGGACCUGGAUAGCUUCUCCCUGUCAGCGGAGAGCUCCCUGCGAUCCCCGGGCACCUCUGCCCACCACCACCCUGUCCCCGCCCCGGGACUCUCCCCGUUGGCUUCCGGAAGGCCAGGCGCCGUGGGAUUGACCGCCUCUGGCUGCCAGGGGGUAUCUCGGCCCUCCCAUAAGUGCCCCCUCCAGAGCCUCUGGCACCCGCCCCCUGCUGCCCGGCGCCUCGAGCUCAGCUCCCCAGCAACUGGGCGGCUGCGAGGGGACGGGGCCGGCAGGGAGGAGGGGGCCGGCCCCGAGGAGCCCCGCCGGCGACCCCGGGUCCCGGCUGGGGCGUCAGUGUGGGCCACGGAAGAGGGGAGUGACAGUGAGGAAGAGUAUCUUUCCCUGCCUACACGCUUGACCCAGGUGUCCAGUCUGGAGCGCUAUCUGGCCGCUGCCCCCGGGGCCGGCCUAGAGCCGGCUAGGCAGAGCAGCAUCGGCGGUGCCGGGCCGGACUGGGCGGUCUCUGGUGAAGGCUGCGGGGGAAGACCGUGCGGGGCUCUCCGGGUGUCGGGGCCCCACCCUGACUACCUCCAGCUCUUCAGGGAGGACAUGGUCGUGCAGGGCCAGCAGGAUCCGGCAAACCAGUGGGAGAGGCUCGCCUUCUCCUCUUCCUCCUCCCUCCGCUCUUCCCCGCCCCUCUCUCCUCUCAGGAAUGUGCUCGAAGGGGUUCCCUGCUUGUUCACAGAGAAGGAGGAGCAGCAUCUACAGCAAGACAGGAACCGAGUCAAAGGGCCCCUGGUGCGGCGUAUAAAGACAUUCUGCAGUCAACUGGAAGGACUCAUUCACUGGCUGUACAGAGUAGCAGAGAUGAGUGACAACUUGAUUGCACCCAAAUCUAAUAUUUCAAGCCUUAGAUCUUCGCUGCAGCAGUAUCGGCAAUUCAGGAGAGAUAUAGCCGAGCACCAAUCUCUGACGGAGGAUGUCUUGCAGAAGGGAGAGAGCCUUCUCGCGUGCAUGGUGGAAAAUACUCCCGUGCUGAAGAGUGCUCUUGGAUUGAUCUCCAGGCAGACAGGCAGGCUGGAGGAGCACGCUGAGCAGUUGUACGACUCCGUGCUGGCAGCUAUGGACACCAUGGACGACCCCGACCCUGUAGCCAAAGGGAACCCUGCCAGCUCAAACGGAACAGCCACCGGAAUCUGGACCGGAGAAGAGCCGGUUCUAGUUGGAAGUCCUAACAGGAACCCUUUUACGUCGACAGACCAAGCUGGCGAUGAGUAGGAAGAAACUCAGCACGGUCUUACAGCUUUUACCUGAAAUUCUCUUGUGUGUAUUUGAGGGCUGGCUGCUUGAUUCACCUUAUGUCUGUUUUUAUUUCAAACACAGCCGGCGACAACGUGGAGCAGGGAGGUGGAGAAAGAGACGUGGGUAGAAAUGGCGAUGCUAUGCUGGCCCUUUGCUUUGAGAUACUGUACGAUGUGCACUUUACUCAGUAGAGAGAGCUAGUUCACCAAUGAGGGGAUGGGAAGGGGACAAAGCAUAAUUUUUUCCUUUUCCACAACUAGGAAAGGCAGCUUCCCUGUGCGCAGUCCAUUUCUCAGGGUCAGCCUGUGGACUCUGCAAGCUAUGGUGAGGCUCCCCCUUUGUCUAGUGAGUUAAGUGCUGAACCAAACAGAUGAUUUGGGGAUGGGUAGGCAAAGCAACUUGAAAGAGGUUGUUAGCCAGACUUUGGAUUUUUUUUCACUUGCUGGUUCCUUUUUUAAAAGCACUAAUAUUGUGUUUUAAGUUUGUCAGCCAUCCGGAAGUGUGGGCUUCCCAGGCCCCCUGUAAUGGGCCUGGGAAGCAUGGCAGCUCUGGGUCUCCUUUGGCCCCAUCCCUCAUUCCCCCUCUUGGAAGAGUAGUCUUUUUAAGCAGAAGGGAAAGCAGAGAGGAGCAGGUUUCUGAGGGGGGAGGGAAGGGUCUGAGAGCUGAAGACCCUUGAGCACCAAACCCGAGCUGCCACUGCAGGGAGACCUUCACCCCGACAGUCUCCAUACCGUUAGCCCGCCACUGCUUUUCUCCUGUGCAGGAACAAGAUCCCAACCGCUACGUGGUGUGGAGGAGUAGAGAGAGGAGAAAGAGGAGGAGAUAGACGGCACACCCCUAAGGGUCAGAUAGCUACAUUCCUGAAAGCUGAGGCGGUAAACAGUAGGCUGUCAUAUUAGCCAUGGCACUAGAAAAAGAAGAUGGUUUGUUUUGCAGUUUACUAAGUUUGUAAUAUGAAAAGGGUGAUAAAAUGGGGAUUAUUCUUUGUGAAUUGAGAGCACUUACACAAGUAACUGAAGGGCCCCCCCCAAAGGCAGGAUGGGAUCAUGUAGGUAGGGGAGACCUAAUUUCCUAAAAACUGGAAGUCUGUUUUAGCCCAAGAGCACACACCUACACACAUACCUGGGAGGGAGCACUUGAAUCAUAAUUUGGUGUCAGGACCUUAACUUGAAUGAGAGUUUAAAAGAAAAAGGCCCUUGUCACUGAAGAUAAAAAUAUAAUUAGAGGUUUUUCUGGCAGAGAGACAUUUUUAUCAUUUUUAACCUUUAGCUCCAGUCUUUUCAGUCAGACUUAGAACCAGCCAUAUAUUUUCUGCAGGAAAUUUUUACAAUCAUUUGAUUUACAAGAGUGCACCCUGAACCAAAGCUCCAUCUUGAACAGUGCCUUUCACUUUUCCCAGCCACAAAGCAGACUAGCUACUUUCCCUUUGAGGGAAAGUUUGUUUACUGACAUGCUGUGUAGGUUGGUGGUAGUUGGUGCUAUGAUGGUCCUAUUUCUCCAAAAUAAUGCACUAUAGGAAAAAAAGUACUUGUAUGCAACUUGGCUGUUAGCCAUACAACUCUAAUCUGUGUGUAUUACUGUUAUGGAAGAGCAAAUGAUUGAAGCUUAUAAUGCUUUUAGGAUCAGGGCAACAUUUAGUUGCUAAACAAGCCUAGGGCAGAGGCUCAUACUUAAGCACUUGCAAGGAGAGCGUGCAUGCAGACAGGGGCCUCCUCAGUUAGAGCAAGGCUACAGUUACAGCCCAUUGAGCUGAGGUAAUGUUUGUUGAGGGGGCACUCAUCUUGUCCUAAAUGGCCCCGUAGUCAAGGCAUGGAUCUGUCUACUGUCUGUGUUAGCCUCUGGGUUCAUUCAGCUCUUCUGGGCCGCUCUAACUUGGGACUGGCAAUAAAGCUCAGGCCUGGCUGGCAGAACAGGUUGGGGAGAAGUGUAAGGCAAGAGAUAAUUUCACUCUGCACUAACGAGAUGGUUAGAAAGCCAGUAUUGGACCCAAUUUUGUUGGCCUUUCUUUAUGGGGCAGCCACAGCACCAGAACAACAAAUGAGAUCAGAAUAGGGCUCUUCCCCAAAAGUUCAGGAGUUGUUUCAAAAGUGAGACUAAACCUGAAAAGAAAUGAAAUCCCUUAACGCAGGGAAUGCAUAUUCCAGUUCUGCUGGUAGCGCAGGCUGGUAUUCCACACACUAAGUGCUCACUAAAUACCACUGAUGGACAAAGCCUCAGAGUACUCUCCACUGCAGGUUUGAAAAUCAGCCCUGUACCACAUCUCCAUCCCGUACUACCUCCAAAGAAAUUUUACUGUGCUGUUAGAGAUCAGGGGCCCAGAAGAUCUAGGCUGAAGUCUCCUACAGAUCAAACCAGAAAACCAAUAGAUGUUCCUAUGCUGGCAGUUUAGAUUUAAUAAUCGAGAGGACUUGAAAGUGGAAGAGCCAUUGAAGACUGUUUAUAGGGGCCAGUGGGUAAAAUGUCAAACAAAUUUAAGCAGCUGGGAGAUACUGCCCACCCACAGCUGAAUGCUGUGAGGUGAGUUACUGGGAGUGACUGAAACCCAACCUAGCACCAGUGCCUCGAAUGGAAGCUGUAGAGGACUUGGUGUGGUUCUUGGCUGUGGGGAACCCAGGUCCGCAGGGUGGUAGGGGAGAGGCAGGCAGAGCUGGGGAUUCUCAGGGUGGUCUUUCUCCAGGACCCCUGUCAUACCUGUCAGCCACCAUUACUCCUCAGGGACAGGACAGUUACGGGGUGGAAACACAAUUAGCACAUGAGUUUGACAACCCACUACUAUCCUUGAUGCCUUAAUGAAACAUUUCCCAAGGCAUUUGUCAAUGUUUCCUGCUUUGUUGGCACUUUGUAGAGAUGCUUUAACAUAGCCUGAUGAUUACUAGAGAGAGAGAAGCACGAAGUUAAUGAUUUGAGGUUGGACCCCUUCAACUUGAGGUAGUGUUCCCCCCCCCACUUAAAUAUAGAUUUAAUGCCACUUCUGGUAGUGUGGAAUCUAGAGUAGAAUCCUUAGUACCAUGAAAUGGAGUAAAAAGUAGAAUAUCUUUUCUUCAUAUUGCCUUUGUAAGCCAGAAGGGACAAAGAGAUAAAUUCAUCUUCAGGUCAAUGGAGGAAAAGAAAAAAGAGAAUUAGUAAUGGUAAAAUGAGUCUGCCCUAACACUAGUUAGCACUUGGCUGAUAUUCCUGAGUACUAAGACAGUAAGGUGUAACCAAAAACAUGUCCAAGCUGGCAAGGGUCAGGCGAAACCAGGAUUUUUCAGGAAUGCUCUAUUCAGUUAAGAUCUCAUGAGACAAGUAAAAUAUGAUUAAGUGCUUAUGAAGUAAUGUUUUUACAAAUGCACCAGUAUAAACUUAAUAGCAUAGGCAACUCCUGCUGUAUAUAAAACUGGAUUUUAUCGCAUUUUUCAGGUCCUUGGCAUUUUAGUUUCAUUCAACUCUAAGAGGUGGUUUCUAAAGAUAUUUUCUGUGGUAUAUUAAGGCAAAUAAGAUGGCUGGCUGGUGCAAAUUUUAUCAACACGUACUGUGUUUGAUUUUACAGCAGAGAUCAGUUGCCUUACAUAAUGUGAAGAGAGCCAACAAGCACAUCUAUAAUACAAAGUAAACUAUGAUUUUAUUGUGAAAUUCUCAGAUGGAAAAUUCAGUUGAAUAUUUAUUCUUUUUCAUUUCAUGUUACAAUAAUCUCACCACUUAUUUUUGUACCAUGUAUUACGAUUGCCUGUUCAGUGAAAGUAAAAGUUGUAAAUUUUA